UUCAGACUAGACAACUUCAUAAGAUCUGGAGAAUGAUCAGUGGGGAACUCUGUCAAAGCGAAUAUCAUUCUCAUCAAUUAUUCAAAUUUAACAUUUUUCUCGAAAUGUUCUCUUUUCUCAUCCCAGUGUGGGACGCUAAUAAGGUUACUAUUGCUUCCGUGGCCUCCGUAGUCUUCUUAGCCUUUGCGGGUCUAACACUCGCCGUUUCGGCCGUGGCAUUAGUUGUAUCCGCACCUCUUUUCAUCAUAUUCAGUCCGAUUCUCGUACCCGCGACUAUAGCCACUACCCUCCUAGCCACUGGGUUCACGGCCGGUGCCACUCUCGCACUGACUGCCAUUGGCCUCAUCAUAGGGCUCAUUAAGACUGCGGAAGGAACUCGGUUGGCUCUUUCCGCCCAAAGACCAUUGAAAUUGCUAAAGUUUUCAGAUGGAUAUUGGGGAUUCUGGGGAGGAAAAACAUUUUCAGGAUCAUUCGGAGACAUUUUAAAAUGGUUACAAAAACAACCUUGGUUCAAAGGUAUACCAGCAGGCGGAGCUGCACCAGCGGCAGGCGGAGCUGAACCACCGGCAGCCGAAGCUGCACCACCGGCAGGAGGAGCGGCACCACCGGCAGGCGGAGCUGCACCACCAGCGGCAGGCGGAGCUGCACCACCAGCGGCAGGCGGAGCUGCACCACCAGCGGCAGGCGGAGCUGCACCACCACCGGCAGGCGGAGCUGCACCACCAGCGGCAGGGGGAGCUGCACCACCAGCGGCAGGCGGAGCUGCACCACCACCGGCAGGCGGAGCUGCACCAAGCAUGUAGCAUACGUAAAUUAUUGAAUCUGAAACCAAGCCAUUAAGGAUUUUAUGACUCGGAAACUAAAAGGAGACCAAGCGUUUUGAAUACGUUUUACGUAA